AUGUAUUCAAGUGACAAUAGUUUGGAUUUUUCUCUGACUUUUUUCUUAGAGAUAUCUUCUUACAAUUCUAAACUUGAUGAAGUAUCUCUUGUUGCUUCUAUUCUUGGAGGUUUUAUCAUUUUGUACGGUCUUGUGUCAUUUUUUAUUAAAGAACGUUUGUAUUUAUCGGAAGCUCUUGUUUCCGUGACAAUGGGAAUAAUACUCGGUCCUAACGUUUUAAAAUUGCUUAACCCAAUGAAUUGGGGUCCUAAAGAUGAUAUUACUCAUGAUUUUCUACGUAUUGUUAUUGCUGUUCAAGUAAUGUUUUCUGGGGUUGCAUUACCAAAGGCAUACCCUGUCAAAGAGUGGAAAACAUUACUUAUUUUAUAUCUCCCAGUUAUGACAUACAUGUGGGCUGUCAGUGGUUUAUUAAUCCGGUGGUUGAUUCCAAAUAUAAAUUUGCUUGAGGCUUUAGCGAUAGCAGCAUGUAUAACACCAACUGAUCCUAUUUUGGCCAACUCGGUAGUCAAAGGUCGCUUCGCAGAAAAGCACGUACCUCCUCAUGUGCGCAAUUUAUUGUCCGCCGAAAGUGCUUCAAAUGAUGGUCUUGCAUAUCCAUUUUUGUACCUAACGAUUUAUCUUAUGGAAGAAUCUUCUGUUGUCAAAGCUUUUGGACUAUGGUUCUUAUACUCUUGGUUAUAUCAAGUUUUAUUAAGUUGUGUUAUAGGAAUAAUUGCCGGUUAUGUCGCAAGAAAACUAUUAUAUCUUGCUGAAAGCCACCGGCUGAUUGACAAAGAAUCUUUUCUCGUGUUUGCCAUUGCAUUGGCUUUAUUUUUGAUGGGAACUGUAUCAAUGAUUGGCAGUAAUGAUUUACUUGCUUGCUUUACAGCUGGAACGGCAUUUACAUGGGAUGAUUGGUUUCGUAAAGAGACUGAAGAGGCUCAUUUGCAGGAAGUUAUCGAUAUGCUACUCAAUCUUGCAAUGUACGUUGGUGCUACUAUUCCCUGGUCGGAAUUCAAUAAUGUUGAUACUGGGAUUACAGUUUGGAGAUUAACCCUUUGUGCCAUAUUGAUUUUAAUAUUUCGUCGUCUUCCGAUUAUCAUGGCAUUAAUGAGAUUUAUGCCUGCGAUAAAAACGUAUCGUGAAGCCGCGUUCACGGGGUGGUUCGGCCCUAUAGGCAUAGGCGCUAUAUAUUAUCUCACCGUUAUUAAGCAACAUUAUGAAUCGGAUAAAACAAAUAUUUUAUACGUCACUGUUGAACCCGUCGUUUAUUUUACGGUGAUAAGCUCAAUAUUAGUCCACGGUAUUACGAUUCCUUUGGUCAAGAUAUCAAAGAGAAUAAACACUCGAACAUUGACAACAGGAACGUUAAAUAAUCAAGUAUCACGAUUACCAGUAAUACGAAUUGGAACAGAACUUAUUUUUCGCCCAAAGGCAGAUAAAGAAAAAAUACAAUCACCUGAAGAAGCAUCUGAAAAUGAUUCACCAACAACAACAAUUGAAAUUGAUUCACAAGCUGAAGCACAUAGAGGUGAAUCUGAUAUGAUUUCAUCAACAAGACAUGAAGACAUUCGCAAUGAAAAACAAAGAGAAGAGGAGGGAGAAGACUGGCAUCAUAAUCUUGACAUACCGCAAAAUAUACGGGAAAAAUUUAAACGAAAGCAUGCUAAUGAUCAGGGCAAAUCAGGAACAUUCAGUUCAAGGUAUGCAAUAUGGGAUGAAGGCGAUUCUUAUAUUAUUGAGAAUUAUGAUGGUGAAGAUAUACACGUCAUACCAUCUGCGCACAGCACGUCCACACAAGAACAAAAUAGAAGUUAUUUCUUUAGAAGAAAUACGGGAUCAACCAAUGAUUCAACGCAAAAUUCGUCGUAUAAUCAAGAACAUGGUCGAGGAUCUUCUAAAAGAGACAGGGGAUCGCCUUUGGAGCCAUCACCGCAAAUUCGAUUGGAAUCCUUUAGAGAGGAUGAUGUUGAAUCCCGUGAAUCCCGUAAAUCCAAUGAAUCGAAUAAAUCGAAUAAAUCUGCCAAAAAUUGA